UAACACACAAUUUCAAACACAAUCUCCUUCCAGACUUAGUAUUCACGAUGAUACCUCUUCCAAACGAAAUAAUCCUUCAAAUCAUUACAUACCUCGAGCCCGAAGAAGUCGUAAAUCUGCAACAUGUCUCACGUCGCCUCCUUGAGCUAUCUCGCGACGAUAACAUAUGGAAACAACUGUGCUUCGAGCACUCUAUUGGAGAGCGCCGUCGUCGCCGGCGCCUACAAUCGCCUCCGGACACAGAUCCCCACCUAGCGGAGCUGAUCAGAGCUGCAAAUAACGUCUCUGGUUCCUUUCCAACCCAAGCAUUCGCUCUAAAUGCGCUAGACCCCGAUGCAAGUACUCAUCGGAGUGCAUCAAAACGCAGAGCCGCGCUGCUCGCGAACUGGGACCCUACCUAUGUUGGAGAGAAGGUCAACUUCUACGAGGAAUUCAUACAGCGGCACGCACCACAUUCUAUGAGAUGGCUUCAGGAAGCAAAAUAUGGCCACGAAGAUGAUGGCUUGCGUCGCGAAGCUACGGGCGCGGGUGUACUGUAUGGUGAAGAUGGAGUGGCAGACAAGCUCAUUGCUCCACUGGAAGACGGAUCGAUCAGCAUAUAUGACGUGCCCGGCAACACUGAACGCGAGGGAAAGAUGAUCGCUAGAACUGAGAUCGGACUGCUGGCAGACCGAGGUUCUGACUUGGACCAGGAUACGAGGCUGAACCAAAGUCAAACUAUCAUGACGGAGACGGGAGCAGUUGAAUGCGUAAGCGUGGACAGCGGACAGAAGAAGGCUUUUUUUGCUGUGCAAAAUGUACUCAACGAGGUGGAUCUAAAUACGCUGCAAGUUAUCUCUAGAACAACAUACCCAUUUGCGAUCACUGCUCUUUCAGAGUCACGUCAUCCAACGCCAAUGACUGUCGGCACGAAUUGGACGCUCCAUCUGCAUGACACGAGGAAGCCUGCGGUUGCACAAGCAGAGGUGAAGUGCGAACUGAUCGGAGGCCCUACGACCGACUCAUUCUCAAGACUAUACAGAGAUGAAUUUGGCGGCCACGUUUCUCUGACACAGCCUGGUCCGUUGUCCAUCUUACAUCUACCGACUACUAGGGAAUCGGAUGGCAAUGGAGACAUAUGGGUAGGCGGGCGAUUCACCAGCUUCCUCAACUUCGAUAGGCGUUUCUUUCCACGAAUUCACGGCACCGUACACUCAGGUGCUCGUCUAUCAUGCCUAACAGCCCUUCCACAUCCCUUCAUCCCGCAUGAGCUUCGCCAACAACGACCCUCCACCUCAACAGCAAGCCUCCUUCAUGAAGCCAAAGCAGCCCCAGGCUACACACUCAUAGCAGCAGGCGAAUACAAAGGGAAAGGCUCUCUCGAACUCUACGGAUUAUCCAGUGAGCCCACCCGCACAUGCUACCAAAACCGACAAACAGCAUCGAGCUCCAAACUCCUCUCCGUCGCCGCGCAUGGCACACGCCUCGUCUUCUCCGAUGGAGACGGCAACCUCAAAUGGGUAGAGCGUGACGCCUCGACACCAGUUCGUCACUUCAACAUCAACGAUCCAGUUCCUAACGACCCUCCACCACCACCUCCAUCCUCCAUUGCAUCAUCCACCCCCACGUCUCCACCCGGAAUCCAACUUCUUAACCCUGCUGCAUCUUCGAGCGCCGUCUUUGACACUCCUUUAUCCUCAGGCGACAUCGUGCAGAAGAUUAUCCCCACGCUCUCGCCUUCACUACAUCACUACAACACUCAACGAUCCCGUGACGCUUCCGCCCUCGGUCAGGAUAACCUACUCAUUUGGACCGGCGAUGGUAGGCUCGGUGUUGUGGGAUUUGGACGCGGCGACGACGUGUUCCAGGAUGCGGUGGAGCAUCUCGAAGAUGUUGCCGAAGAGGCCAUGAGAGAUGGUGAAGGUAGUGGUAGUAGGGGAAGGGAACGGGAAAGAGAAAGUUUGAGAGAGAGGGAGAGGGCGUUUGAGGCGCAGAUGAGGUGGGCGCUUGAAGGGCAGGCUAGAGAGGCUAGGUGGUUGAGGGGGUACGGGCUGUAGGCUGGAGACGGAGGCUCGGCGUCUUGUGUCAUUGCUGUGUUUGUGGGAGGGGGGAAGUAGAAUCCUGUUAGUAGUUAGUUGGCGUAUAUGGCAACUAUCGCAAGUCUGGUAUGUUACGCCAUGUCUAGUCCAUGUGAGUUGGAUAUCGUGCGGCGAAAAAAACAAAAAGAAUUCACCUGCCCCUUUCCUCCUCCACUACAACUAUCUCCUACCGUCUGUCUCACUACCUCUCCUUUCCCGAUCCCCUUUUUUUUCUUUCUCGGGGGAAUUGGAUACAUGUAUCUAUCAAAGCUAUCUUUCUACAGAACAGACUAUUAAUAUCUACUCCUCAGAUUUUUUAUUUUUAAUUGGAAGUUAUAGUGUUCCCUACACC